AGUCCAGAGCCAAACCAGACCCACGCAAGAUGGUGUCCUCGUACCUCUGGGCCUGAAUUUGGCCUGUUUGAUACUGCGCCCUCGGGGCUUCAAAAGCGGACUUCUUACUUCAAACUUCCCACCAGGCUUUAACUGAUUUUUUUUUCCCAAAGCGGGACUACUCACCCCGCGAGCCUCAUAAUCACAAGAAAAGGCAGCCAAGUUCGUGUAGGACAGACUGCUGACCAGCAAAGCCUUAAGGGAAAUGUAGUUCAAGGCCGGAAAAGCGGCUUUGCUGUUGACAGAAGGGCCACUUCCUUGGGCAUCCUUGGAAACUGCACCUUCCUCAUCAAGGCCUGGAGGCCCCAGGGCUCAGCCUGAGUUCUAGAAUGGCACUUUGGCCCCAGCAUUAAUAUUUUAGUGCUGUGUCAUUUCCCCAGUAGCAGGUUAUAAUCCAGCCACACUGUAUGUGAUCCUGCGUUGGAACAAGAAGACAAACUCUGGAUGGUAGAGAAACAAAGUGGAAAGGAAAUUUGUUCAGAAGAAGCCUGAGAAGAUGAUGAGCAAGUAGAGGCAACAGGACCUGAGAGGCAAGUUGCAUCCAUCUCCAGUAAAGUACAGACUGAGGGAAAAAGCAGUGAAAUAAGAAAAUUGGAAAGACACGUCCUCUGAUCUCAGACCUUUUAUCUUUAAGCCAACACCUUUUCAACUUACCUGGAAAGAGUUUGAAACGCAAUUCAGACUUAAUUGUGAGGGAAGUUGUGUGGGAGAGAAUCACCAAUUUAAUUAGUUGAAAAAUCCUGCCGCCUCUUUCUCCUUAUGCUGAUAAUCCCUUUAAAUGUAAGUCAGUGUGGAAAUGUCUUCAGUUAAAUCCAUUUGACCCUGUAGAGAAACCCUAUGAAUUUACUGAAUGUGGGAAAACUUUCACUCCUGUCACACCACACUUCAAUGUAGAAGUCAGGCGUAAGAGAAAGCCUGUUCUUGAAGAGCCUUUAGCUGGAUGACAGAUCUCAUUGAGCAGAAGGGAAUUUUUACUGGAGAGAAACAGUGAAUAUAACAAAACUUCGUUGAGCAUUAGAAAAUUUAUACUUGGACAGAAAGCUUUUAAUGUUCUGAGUAUGAUAAAGUUUUCUCUCGAACUUUAUCCUUUCCUCUGCAUUUGAAAGGCCCUAUACAGAGAGUCCCCACACGUGUAAGGAAUGUGGGAGUCCCUUCAGCCGAAAGUAAAUCCUCAUUCAUCAAAAAGUUCAUACUGGAGAGAAACCUUGUGAAUGUGGGAAAGCUUCCAUUCAGAUGUCACACCUCAGUCAGCAGAAAAUUUGUAGUGGGGGAAACCCCUUUGCCUGUAAGGUAUGUGGGAAAGUCUUCAGCCACAAAUCAAAUCUCACCGAGCAUGAGCAUUUUCAUAAUAGAGAGAAGCCUUUUGAAUGUAAUGAAUGUGGAAAAGCGUUUAGCCAGAAACAAUAUGUUAUUAAACAUCAGAACACCCACACUGGAGAGAAGCUUUUUGAAUGUAAUGAGUGCGGAAAAUCCUUCAGCCAGAAGGAAAAUCUUCUCACCCAUCAGAAAAUUCACACUGGAGAGAAACCUUUUGAGUGUAAGGAUUGUGGGAAAGCUUUCAUUCAGAAGUCAAACCUCAUCAGACACCAGAGAACUCACACGGGAGAGAAGCCUUUUGUGUGUAAGGAAUGUGGAAAAACCUUCAGCGGCAAGUCUAACCUUACCGAGCAUGAGAAAAUUCAUAUUGGAGAGAAACCCUUUAAAUGUAAUGAAUGUGGAACAGCUUUUGGCCAGAAGAAGUACCUCAUAAAACAUCAAAACAUUCACACUGGAGAGAAACCCUAUGAAUGUAAUGAAUGUGGAAAAGCCUUCUCUCAACGAACAUCACUUAUUGUACACGUGAGAAUUCAUUCAGGUGACAAACCUUACGAAUGCAACGUAUGUGGGAAAGCCUUCUCUCAGAGCUCCUCUCUUACUGUGCAUGUGAGGAGCCAUACAGGUGAGAAGCCCUAUGGCUGUAACGAGUGUGGGAAAGCCUUCUCUCAGUUCUCAACCCUUGCUCUGCAUUUGAGAAUACACACAGGUAAGAAGCCUUAUCAAUGUAGUGAAUGUGGGAAAGCUUUUAGCCAGAAGUCCCACCAUAUUAGACACCAGAAAAUUCAUACUCAUUAAAAACCCUGUAAAUAUCUUAAACAUUAGAAAGCCUUCAUCAGGAAUUUAAGCCUCACAGCACAUCAGAAAUGAUCAUACUGAAAGAAAGUAUCACUAAUGAGGAAAACAAAAGCUAAAAACUUACUGGACACCAUGGAAUUCAUACUGAAAAGAAAGACAUUUAAAUGAUAAAAAUCCUGGGCCCCCAAAAAAGCUGAUGGCCCAGGUAAUGCUGAAACUUUAGACGCAUUUCCACUAAUCAUGCUUCUUAUCGCUGUCUGCAUUUAUCUGGAGAUCUUCAAUAUAAUAAAAAAAUAAGUUUUUAAGUAUUGGAAAGAAAGAGACUUUUAUGGUAUUGAUUUAGUAGAACACAAGAGAUUCUGGAAACACCUAUGCAUCUAUUAGAAUUUAGAAUAUGAUUGAAAUGGCAAUAGGAGGUGAGAAGAUAAUGGGACUAUGUAAAAAGUUAUUGGAGGUAAUUUGUUCUCUAAGGAAUAAAACAGACCAUGAACUAUAAACAGAGGUAAGAACCAAGAGGAUAAAAAAGAAUACGAAAAAGCUGUGUACUGAAAUGGUUAUGACCUUGGGAGUAGGGAGACAUUCCUUAUAAUAAGCUCAAGAAUUCUUCUCUGAAUUUGUAUGCUUAGGAAAUAAUGUACCAGUCUGCUUACUGUGGCAUGAUUUGUAGUUAGCCAUAAGUUGGAAACAAAUGUCCAUCAGGAACAAAAUGGAAAAUACUUAUGACGGAAUACUGUAUAUCUGUAAAAUUUAACACAUGAGAUCUAUAUGUAUUACAGAGGAAAAUCUCAAAAAUCAUGUUGAAGGGGGAAAAUGAAGUUGCAGAAUAACGUAUAUUACAAUUCAUUUUUGUAAAUUUUAACUAAAACUUUACUCACAAAAUUCAGUACUAUGUAUUGGUAUGGAUACAUAUAUGUAUGUAUGUUUUUAAAAUGUUUCUGAAAUGGAUUGGAAGGAUACAGACCAAACUCUUGGUAGUGGUGGCUUGUGAAGAGUGGAGCGGGG